GGAGUCACUGCGCCACGUCGCUAGUGAGAUCGGGUGUUGGGAAGAUCCGCCUCAUCGAUUUCGACCAGGUUUCGGUGUCAUCGCUGAAUCGACAUGCUGUGGCUAGGCAAAGGGACGUAGGCCUGUCAAAGGUACAAGACAUCGUCUGA